GACAGAUUGACAGGACAGGCAAAUAUGAACGCACUUCGUGUUAGAGAAACAAUAUCUAUGCUGUAUAGUUUUCAAUAACGAGAAAGAAACCAGAAAUCACUCGCUUGAGAAAUUUGGUGUUGAUAGUUCAGAAAGCAGAGCAACUCUGUAAUGGGUAAAGGGGGUAUGUCCCAUGGAGCCAGUGAGGAAGGUCAGGGCGGGGAAGAAAACAUGGCCGCCUGGCUUGUCGGUGUCAACAACCUCAAGAUUCAGCCUUUCAAUCUUCCACCUCUUGGACCCCAUGAUGUUAAGGUUAAGAUGAAAGCGGUUGGCAUUUGUGGAAGUGAUGUUCACUACCUUAAGCACAUGAGAUGUGCUGGUUUUGUUGUGAAAGAACCGAUGGUGAUCGGGCAUGAGUGUGCUGGAGUGAUAGAAGAGGUGGGGAGUGAAGUCCGGACACUAGUUCCAGGUGACCGUGUCGCUUUAGAACCCGGAAUCAGUUGCUGGCGAUGUGAUCUAUGCAAAGAAGGAAGAUACAAUUUGUGCCCAGAUAUGAAGUUUUUUGCUACCCCUCCUGUCCAUGGAUCUCUAGCCAAUCAGAUUGUGCAUCCUGCACAUUUAUGCUUCAAACUACCGGAUGAAUUGAGUAUGGAGGAAGGGGCAAUGUGUGAACCUCUAAGUGUCGGUGUUCAUGCGUGCCGUCGAGCAAACAUUGGUCCAGAGACGAGAGUUCUGGUUAUGGGAGCAGGACCUAUAGGUCUUAUCACAAUGCUGGCAGCACGUGCUUAUGGAGCCCCAAGAAUCGUUAUGGCCGACGUGGAUCACGCCCGUCUUUCUGUUGCAAUGGAGCUUGGAGCAGACGGGGCCAUCAAAGUCUCAACUAGUAUCCAGGAUGUGGGUGCCGAAAUAGAGAAGAUUAAAGAAGCUAUGGGGGAUGGAAUAGACGUGAGCUUUGAUUGUGCAGGCUUUGAUAAAACAAUGACAACCGCACUUGGUGCAACUCGUUCUGGUGGCAGCGUUUGCCUUGUCGGCAUGGGUCAUGAGUACAUGACCAUCCCUCUCGCCGCAACCUCCGCAAGGGAGGUUGAUGUGAUCGGAAUUUUCCGCUACAAGAAUACAUGGCCUCUUUGUAUAGAUUUGAUGAAGAGUGGAAAGAUCGACGUGAAACCCCUCGUCACACACAGAUUUAAGUUCUCUCAAGAGGAUCUCGAAGAAGCAUUUGCGACCAGUGCGCGUGGUGGCAAUGCCAUAAAGGUCAUGUUUAAUCUUUGAAAGCAUAAAAGACUAACGCAUGAGGAGAGACUUGCUUCCUAAAACUUAUGCAGUGACUUGUUCUGGUCACUAUGUAUUUAUGUCAAUAAGCUGUGAAAUGUGGUAGGUAGGGAAUGAAACUACUUACUACGAUUGAUCUCAUUUCACUGCAUGUCCUUAAUAACUUCAGCUGUUUGGCCAUAGCUAUGUUCAUCAUUAAUUUAUUAGUAACAUUGUCAUUGAAUUUGUUUGUGUGUUAAUAAUUAAGGGAGCUGUGUUCAAAUAAGAGCUAAA